AUGUCAUAUGUAUCAACAAUUUCUUCAACUGUUACAUCAAACAGUAUACCUUAUAAUAGUAUGUUAGAAAGAAAAAAUAAAAAUGUUCUUUCAAAUAAUUCAUCUCCAAAUAAUGGUGAUGAUGAAAUGUCAAAUCAAAAAGAAAUUAAAACGCCAAGAAGUUCUUUAAAUGGGAAUAAACCACCAGCAAUAAAUAUAAUUAAAACGCCAAAUUAUCAAAAAGAAUCAAAUAAACCAAAAGGUUUAUUAUUAAAUGAUACAACAUUUAUUAAUAAUGAUUCUAAAGCACCUAAUUUAACAGAGUUAUUAAAAACACCAACUAUCAUUUGUUCACCUACAAAAAUAACAUCAUUAGCUCAUGCUGAUGAAUUAAAUACUCCUUCAGUAUUUCAUUCAUGUACUCCUAAAAAUAUGCACCAAGCAUUUUUUGGUGAUCAUGAACCAUUAUUUAUUAAUAGUCAAAAUUCAACAUCUAUCAAUUCAACUUUAGUACCACUACACAAUACUGAAAUUUCAACACCAACAUUAUUAUUACCCCAUUCAUUAUCUAAUAAGCGCUGUCAACAAGAAUGUGAAAGAAAAUCAAUAACUAUAAAGAGAGAAUCUUUAUCACCAAUAGAAAGUGCUGUCUUGAAAAAUUCAUUUAAUUCGUCUUCAAGUGUUUUAGCAUCACCAUCUAUGAAUUCUCCUGGAUUAGUUGCUCAAUUUUUUCAAUUUUCACCUAUUGUUGAACAUUUUUUGAAACCGUAUACUAAAAAUACACCAUUAUCAUGUUCUAGUACACUUGAAGACGGUACUUCAAUUUAUCAACAUAAUUCAAUUGAUUCUUCAAAAAUAAUUAAUGAAAAAAAUAAUUAUGAGGAUAAUGAUAAUAAUUUUAUUAAUAAUUCAUUGCCAUCUUAUACAAUAACAACAAUUCCACAAAUAAAUAAUAAUGAAAUGUUCCCUAAUACUACAACAAUUUCAAAUAAUUUUUCAAAUACAAUUGUUGAAUUAAAACCACCGGUACUUUCAACUUUUACAGAAAUGGAAAAAGCUAUAAAGGAAGAGGUUGAAGAAAAAACAAUAACUUUCUUAACUUUAGAUAAUUCUUCCCAAAAGACAUCUCUUAAUAGUCAAACGAUGGAUCGACCACAAAUAAUGACAGAGGGUAAUUAUAAUAUUCAUACAAAUAAUAAUUUAUCACGAUAUCCAUCACCUAAUAUUACAAAUGAUGGAAAUUUAUUACCAGUUACAACAACAAUAAAUCCAAAUUAUUCUCUUAAUCAUAAUCAGCAUUCCAAUAUGAAUAAUAUAUUUUCAAGUAAAACAGAAUAUGGUAAUGAUAAAUAUUAUCAUAAAACAACAAAUCAGCAAAGUCAUAUGCCGCAUUAUAAUAAUUCAGCUACUAGUUACAAAUCAUAUUCCAAUAAUCCCCAAUUAAAUAUUGCUUCUACAGAAAUGUUAGCAAAUUAUAAGCAAUCGCCUGUUAUGCAACCAUCAUCAUUAAUUAAACAAAAUAAUCGAAUGAAUGGUAAUAAAACAAAUUCAAUAGGAGGUAGUUCAUCAAAUAUUGAAAAUAAUAAAAUUAAUUUAAAAAAUCCACCUCAUCAACGACCCCAUAAAUGUCCAAUGGUUAAUUGUGGUAAACGAUUUAGUCGUUCUGAUGAAUUGACAAGACAUAUACGUAUUCACACUGGUCAAAAGCCAUUUCAAUGCUCCAUUUGUAUGCGACAAUUUUCUAGAAGUGAUCAUUUAACAACUCACGUUCGUACACAUACUGGUGAAAAACCAUUUAGUUGUGAAAUUUGUGGAAGAAAAUUUGCAAGAUCUGAUGAAAGAAAACGUCAUACAAAAGUACAUUUAAAAGUAAAAAAAUAA